AUGUACCAUUAUUCUCAACAAAUUGAUCCACGUGUUGAGAAAAGUCUUGAUAGAAUGGACCUUUGGCCAAUGGUUCCACUUCAUACUGGUACAGAAGAUAUUACUCCAGCAGUUCCUUCAGUUUUAGAGACAAAGUUCGAACCUUUUCCAAAAACAUAUUCUACAAUUACUGCAAACAUAGAUCAUAUCAUGUCUCUCGAUUCAAAACCACAAAAACAAGAAUUUGUAAAACCUUUUUAUUGUGAACACACAAUUACACAAUAUAAUACAGUACCUCCUCGAUUUGAUCCUGCUGCUCCUCAUGCGUGUACUUAUACUCCUAAUUUUAACGCAAUAAAAACAAAAAUUCAAACUCAUAAAAUUGGUCCUCGCAGAAGAAGGAAUAACAAAAAGGCUUUUUCUGCAGCAGAAGUUAUUAAAGAAUACGAAACAAAUAUAAGAGAAUACGAUAUUAAAGAAACAAUAGUUCCAAGUUUAACAACAAAAAGAUCAAAAAUUAUUGAAGAAGAUCAUAAAAUAUUUCGUACUUUACCAGAUGAACCACAAGAUAGAAACUUAUAUACCAUGCCAAUAACAAUAAAUAUACCAACACGUGACCCUCCACCUGAAAAACCAACUCCUGUUACAGUUUUUGAGAGACAACCAUCGAGGAAACCUAUUUUCAAGGAAGAUUCCCAAAGAGAUUAUAAAGAUGCUGUUCCACAAUCAGAUAAAAUACGUCCUAGAUCACAUAUUACUAAUUUAGGACCAAAAGAAAUAUCAACACCAAAAAGAAAUCAAAGAGUCGAAUUUUUGAAUGAAAUCAAACGUGAAAGGAAUGAUUUUAUACAAGAAUUAGCAGCAUUAGACCAUCCUGUUAAGAGAGCAGCACAAACUCCACGUAAGGGCUCCAAAUAUUCAUUCGACAAACAGAUGUCAAGAAAAAACGAAUUUUUAAACAUCAAAAAAGAACAACUUGGAGAGCCAAAACUUCCUGUCAACCCAGGAGAAAGCUUCAAACAUACAGUACCAAGUACAAGAAUGCCAGAAAUUACUCCAGCUCCUCCACCUCUUGAAGGUGUCGCAUUUUGGACAUCAUUAACUCGCUAUAACACAAAUAGGUAA